AUGGAUGUGAUGAGUUUCCUGGGUAGGCUGAAUUACUUCAGUGUUGGUUCCCUUGCACCAGUGUUGGUUCCUAAGAGUAAGAAGGAUGUGAUGAGUUUCCAAGAGUGUCAGAAAGCCUUCAAUAGAAUUAAAGAGUAUUUGUCAAAUCCACCAGUGUUGGUUCCUCCCGAGCCCCGGAAGCCACUGUUGUUAUACUUGUCAGCCAUCAAAGGACAAGCUUUAGCCGAUCACCUCGCAGAGAAUCCAAUGGACAAGGAUUAUGAGCCGCUCACUACGUACUUCCCAAACGAGGAGGUGUUGUUCUCCAGUAACGAUAUUGCAGAGUCAUAUCCAGGGUGGAGAAUGUUCUUCGAUGGAGCGGCAAAUUUCAAAGGAGUAGGAAUUGGGGCAGUCCUAAUUUUGGAAUCAGGACAACACUACCCAGCAUCAACAAAGAUAAGGUUCCCUUGCACCAAUAAUAUGACCGAAUAUGAAGCGCGUAUCCUCGGGAUCAGGAUGGCAGUUGACAUGAACAUCAAGGAGCUUUUGGUCAUAGGGGAUUCUGAUCUAUUAAUACAUCAAGUUCAAGGAGAAUGGACUACCAAGAACGUCAAGAUCCUUCCAUAUAUGCACCGUGUAAAGGAGUUAUGUAAGAAGUUCACAAAGAUCCAGUUCAAGCACAUUCCCAAGAUCCAUAACGAGUUCGCCGAUGCUCUUACAACCUUGUCAUCCAUGAUUCAGCAUCCAGAUAAAAAUUACAUUGACCAUAUCGAGAUAGGGAUCAGAGAUCAACAUGCAUACUAUUUUCAUGUAGACAAAGAGCCGGAUGGUAAGCCAUGGUACCACGACAUCAAAAGGUUCCUUGAAUCAAGAGAAUAUCCAGAGAAUGCUACUAAUAGUCAAAAGCGAGCGCUCAGGAGGCUGGAAAAUCACUUUUUCCUCAACGGGGAAGUCCUAUAUAGGAGGACUCCAGACAUGGGUCUGUUAAGAUGCGUAGAUGCCACUAAAGCAACCAGAUUGCUAGAAGAAAUACAUACAGGAACAUGCAGACCCUACAUGAACGACUUCACCUUAGCCAAAGAGAUCUUAAGAGCCGGACACUUUUGGAUGACCGUGGAAAGAGAUAGUAUCCGCUCUGUGGAAAAGUGUCACCAGUGCCAAAUCCAUAGGGAUUUCAUCCGGGUUCCGCCUAAUAAGUUGAAUGUAAUGGGUUUGCCUUGGCCGUUCGCCACUUGGGGCAUGGACAUGAUUGGACCUAUAGAGCCCGCUACGUCAAAUGGGAACCAUUUCAUCUUGGUAGCCACUGAUUACUUCACCAAAUGGGUCGAAGCUUCUACAUACAAAGUUGUCACGAAGAAAAUAAUGGAAAAUUUUGUCUGUAACAACAUAGUCUACCGAUUUAGGAUACCCGAGCCAAUCAUCACUGACAAUGCAGCUAAUCUUAACAAUGAUCUCAUGAGGGAAAUUUGCGAGAAGUUCAGAAUUAUCCACCAUAAAUCUACAACCUACAGACUAUAA